UUCAUGACGUCACUGAAACUGUUUUACGAAAUUACGAUGUUAUUUUUAGCAGUGUCAUUAUUCUUUACUAUGUGCUUUAAAGUUGAAUAUAAUUCUUAAACCAAUAGCGAAUUCUUGCUUAUAUUUUAUCAUAUCAUGUAUAUGUAAAUUCCAAAGACCUACAACAUUCUACAAGAACAAUAUAUAAAUAUUGAUAAACGAAUUUUAGACAAUAAAAAUGGCUACAGAUGACAUAUCACUAAGAGUUGGGCGGCUUGAAAUAGAAUCAUCGAAAGUAAACAAAAUUAUUAAAGAUGAUAACCCAUUUGUAACUCAAUUUCAAAAAAAGAAUUCUCCAGCCAAAUCUCACCAAAACAAAUGCAUUUGCCACACAGUGAAAAAAAAGUAUGCAAUAGGCAAAAGAAAGCACUGCAAAAUACUCAGAGAACCAGUAUUAAAGUUGUCACAAUGUCAUCCAACACACAGAAAUGAACUCCAAAAGUCAUUACAUAACAAUGUUUCUAAAUGUCCACUAUCAAGUCCCAGUGGCAAUAUAUGUUUGCAUGUACUAGUGGAUACAUGUAAUCAGCUUCGUAUUUCAUCUGAAAAUUCUAAGAGUAGCAGAAAAAGUACAGAUCUAAAUAAAAAUAAGUGUUGGCAAACUAAUCAUACUUCUAAUAAGAAACAAAUCCGAGAUACUGUAUUAGAGACAAACUCGUCUACAUCUUGUUCUCAGCAGGCACUGAAUCCUCCAUGUGAUGUAACUAUUGAUGAACUUGCAAGUUAUUUUGAAACUCUAGUUCAUAUACCUAAGAAGAUGUCAUCUAUGGCAGAAAUGAUGUAUAUUUAAGUUAUAUCUAUAAAGUAUGAUUGUGUUAUUUUUAAGCAAAGUUUGUGUUAAAAAGUUUAUUGUGAUAAUAGUAAAGCAAUUUUAAACAUAAAAUUUGUUAAUAGAAACUAUAUUUUUCAUAAUUUGCCCUGUCUCCAUCUAUAGUGUGAUAAAUAUUAAAAUUG